UGGUCUCUAGAGCUAAUUUCCUCCGUCAUGACACCUGUUUAUAUAACUCACCUGUUUACAUUUUUAUUAAGGACUAAACAUAUGGAGGAUUGAGGGCGUGGCCUCUUGGAGUGACAGGUGGGUGCGCGGGAAUGCACUGAAGUCUCGGCUCCACACGCGCCCCUCGUUUUUUUUUGCCCAUUUUUGGAUUUACCGGGAGUUCGGCGACGACGGAAACGAUCCGCUCUGAGCUUCAGAACCGCUCUUCAGAAACCUACGGGUGACGUCACGGAGGCUAGGUCCAUCUUUAUUUACAGUCCAUGAUCCGUGUCGGCGCUUCACCGGAAAAGGACGACGACGACGACGACGACAUCUCACGUAACAUCUUACGUAACAUCUCACGUAACAUCUCACGUAACGUCAGUAGUUUUCUGGACUAACGGCCGCUCGUCACUGAGGGAACAUGGACGCGCUGAGAGAGUCGGUGAAUCAGAGACUGGCUGCGGCUGCUGAGGAGAUAUUUGGGCUGUUUGAGAGAAAGAUAAAAGAGUACGAAGAGGAACUUUCUCGGUAUCGACAGAGUGACCGACAACACAAGCUAAUGGAAGUCCAGGUACAACUAACAGAUGUUCAGCAUCUGUUGCUGAUUAAACAAGAGGUUCCCUGUGAGUUGAGUCUAAGUCUGGAUCAGGAGGACCCAGAGAGCCCAAUCAUUAAAGAGGAACAGGAAGAACUCUGGACCAGUCAGAAGGGAGAGCAGCUUCGAGGGCUGGAGGAGGCUGAUGACACCGAGGUCCCACUCACUCCUGUCUGUGUGAAGAGUGAAGAUGAGGAGGAGAAACCUCAGCUUCAUCAAAGCCAGACUGAGGAGAGCAUAGAGGACGAGUCUCCAGCCAGCAGCUCAGCUGAACACAUGGAGACAGGAGCUGAUGGAGAGGACUGUGGAGGAUCUGGACCAGCCAAGAACUCAGAUCCACACUGUCAUCUUCAACCAGAUACAGAUGACAAGGGCCCAGACUCCUCUGAGACUGAAGACAGUGAGGACGAUUGCAAGGAGACCAGAACACCUAAGUCAGGUUUGACAAGUAAAACUGUCGAUAAGUCUUGCAGCUGCUCUGAGUGUGGGAAGAGAUUAAGCAACAAGUGGCAUCUGCAGAGACACAUGAAAAUCCACACGGGAGAGAAACCGUUUGGUUGUGAUGUUUGUGGGAAAAGAUUUAGAGAUCAGGGGUAUGUUAAGGUGCACAUGAACAUCCAUACAAGAAAGAAACCAUUUGUUUGCAAUGUUUGUGGGAUUACAUUUAACUACAAGUGUAAGCUGCAGAGACACAUGAGAGAACACACAGGAGAGAAACCAUUCGGUUGCAGUGUGUGCGGGAAAACAUUCAAUCAACACAGGAGUCUUCCGGCCCACAUGCAAGUCCACACUGGAAAGCAACUGUUUUUUUGCGUUUUUUGUGGAAACAGAUUCAUUCAGCAAAGAAACCUCAGCAGACAUAUGAAGACGUGUGAACGCAGGCGUGUUACUGAGGGCAGCAGCGUUGCUGGUGGAGACAAAGUGUAACAGCUGUUGACAGCAAAGUUAAAAUGCUGUGCGUAGAUCAAAAUCAAGUUAGCAAGUAACAGGUUUGGUCAUUCUUUACAUUUCCAUUGUCUUUGAUUGUUUAACCUGAUUCCAUCUUUUCUCAUAUUUGUAUUAUUGGAUGUUUCUUACAUUUAUAAUGAAUAUAUAUUUUGUGUGUGAAAUACAUAUGUUUUUGAUGCACUUAUUCCUCAGCAGAGUAGCAGACAGUGAUUUAUUUGACCUUAUUUAUUUGUGUAUCUUUUGUGAAAUUUCAAAUUUGUAAAAAAAAAAAAAUUCUUGAUCAAGAGUUGAAUUGUAUAGAAGUCUUCAGUAUUUUUUUUUUUUUCAAACUGUCCUAAACUUUAAUUGUACAAUGUAAAAUAAAGACUUUUCAUUGUUGCUUUCUCUUUACCAACUUGCAAUGCUGCUCUUUGACUGGUUUGUUUUCUUGGUGAGAUUUCAUUUUGAAGUUUUGAUGAUUUCUUAAAGACUAAGCUCUUGUUUUGUCACGGUCACGUAUCAGGGGCCAGUUGCAAAGUUUUCCUUAAAAUAAAAACAGUUGCACAA